AUGAGCGUCCCAGUUACUUUGGAAAUUGCAAGUGACCUGUUGGAUAGGCAAGGGCAUAUAUACAGAGACUAUACUGCUGUUUUUGGUAGUGCAAUAGCCAGGCAUACACACUGCGGCGUUCAUAUAAGUGGGGCUGAAAUAGGUGUGGCGAGUACAAAGGCCUACACAAGUCAAAUAGUGGUGAUGCCCAUGUUAGCUCUAGCAUUUGCAGGUGAUGCAAUUUCUAGUCAACCAAGAAGACAAGCUAUAAUAGAUGGUCUAUUUGACUUGCCAAACAAAAUUAGAGAGGUUCUGAAACUUGACCAUGAAAUGAAGGAUCUUGCAAAACUAUUAAUGCCUGAGCAAUCACUUCUUGUGUUUGGGAGAGGAUACAACUAUGCUACUGCUUUGGAGGGUGCUCUAAAGGUCAAGGAAGUGGCACUUAUGCACAGUGAAGGAAUGCUUGCUGGUGAAAUGAAACAUGGUCCUUUAGCAUUAGUGGAUGAGAAUCUUCCAAUUAUUGUCAUAGCAACUCGUGAUGCCUGCUUCAGCAAGUAGCAGUCAGUCAUUCAGCAACUUCAUGCUCGUAAAGGUCGCCUGAUAGUGAUGUGUUCAAAAGGUGAUACUGCAUCUGUAUGUCCUGGCGAAUCCUGCCUAGUAAUUGAAGUCCCACAGGUUGAGGAUUGUCUUGAACCUGUUGCUAAUAUAGUUCCAUUGCAGGUUUCCCUAUUAUUAUUAUUUCACCUUGCACAAGUACGCAAUUGCAUUCAUACAUGUCCCUGUCAUUUAUUAAAUGAAUACCGGCACAAUAGAUCAAGUUAGGCUGGACUGCAGUCUGGUUUGGACUGUAAAUUGGACAGGAAUUGGCCCGCCAAAUCUGGAACCGGACUAGUCAACUGGUUCUGGUUAUUAAAACGGACCGAGACUGCUUACUAGGGGGCCAGUUAUGGUCCCCCUCUUGAACCAGGACUGGAAACGGCCCGAUUUAAAUUUUUUUCUUGUUUUAAAUUAUA